AUGGCUCCCACUCCAAAAUCAACCGAGAAGAAGAAGCAGCAAUCUCUUACAUCCUUCUUCGCACCAAAGACAGUCAACGGGCUAGCCGCAAUCUUCGAAAAGCAGAGCCGCGCACAAGCAGCCAAAUCACAAUCACCCAGCAACGAUGCCGAGUCGCCAUCUCGAAAACGAGCAAUAGAAGACACAGAAAAGGAAAACGAGGAGCCAGAAAAGGCAUUGAAGAAAGUCAGAGCCGAAAACGCUGCUAAGGACUCGGAAACCAGCACUUUCUUCUCUAAAUCAAAAGCCGACGAACAAGGAAACGUGGGAGCACGUACGGAACGAUAUCGAUAUGCCGGAUCGAGCGUACAGAAUACCCAGGAUGGCGACGUGAAUGCUACAUCGACCCAAAACGAUAAUGAGGAUGCAGAAGAGAGGCGACUGAACCAAGAACUACACCGGAAAUUUGUCAAGAAACUCGGCCACCCAGACGCACUAGCAUGGCGUCGCAAUAUUCAGGAAGCAGCGCCGGUGGGUGAAGAAGAAGAUGCUGAUGCUGAUGCCGAUGGAGCUGAAGAGGAGGCGCCAGCGCCAGCAAAGACAAAGAAGAAGGGAUCCAAAACAGGCAAACUUACCCCCAUGGAGCUUCAGUUCCUUGAGAUCAAAAGAAAGCACAUGGACACUGUUCUCAUUGUCGAAGUUGGCUACAAGUUUCGGUUCUUCGGUGAAGAUGCACGCAUUGCAGCCAAAGAAUUGAGCAUCGUCUGCAUUCCCGGUAAAAUGCGUUAUGAUGAGCACCCUUCGGAAGCGCAUAUCGAUCGCUUUGCUUCGGCAAGUAUUCCAGUUCAUCGUCUUCCUGUGCAUGCAAAGCGUCUAGUAGCUGCUGGACACAAGGUUGGUGUCGUUCGUCAGAUUGAGACCGCCGCACUGAAGAAGGCUGGUGAUAAUCGCAAUACGCCCUUCGUCCGCAAACUUACCAACUUAUACACCAAAGGGACAUACAUCGAUGAGAACGGCGAACUAGAUCAAAGCGGUGGCUCUGGAGCGCCUUCUGGCGGUUACUUGUUGUGCAUCACAGAGUCAAAAGCUAAGGGGUCGGGUACUGAUGAGAAGGUCGAUGUUGGCAUAAUUGCUGUGCAACCUGCCACCGGAGACAUCAUAUACGAUCAUUUUGAGGACGGAUUUAUGCGGAGCGAGAUCGAGACUCGGCUAUUACACAUUUCCCCUUGCGAAUUCUUGAUCGUGGGGGAUCUGACCAAGGGCACCGACAAACUUGUGCAACAUCUAUCAGGCAGCAGUACCAAUGUCUUCGGCGACCGGAGUCGAGUCGAGCGCAUACCCAAGGGUAAGACCAUGGCAGCCGAAGCUUACUCUCAUGUCACUCAAUUCUAUGCCGACAAGCUCAAAGAUAAUGUACAAGACGAGACUGCUGCCGCUCUUCUCGACAAGGUCUUGAAGCUGCCUGAGCCUGUUACUAUCUGUCUCUCGGCCAUGAUCAAUCACCUCCAAGAGUACGGCCUUGAACACAUUUUUGACCUGACCAAAUAUUUCCAGAGCUUUAGCACCAGGUCACAUAUGCUCAUCAAUGGUACUACACUCGAGAGUCUCGAAGUCUACCGGAACUCUACGGACCAUGCCGAAAAAGGCAGUCUGUUCUGGGCUCUCGACAAAACUCUCACUCGUCCAGGCCACCGCCUGCUUCGCAAAUGGGUAGGACGUCCAUUACUUGACCAGGAACUUCUUGAGGCUCGUCUCAACGCUGUUGAAGAGCUUCUCGACAAGCAAUCAACUACUCCCGUGUCCCAACUUGAGUCUCUUUUGGCAAACACCAGGACCGACCUUGAACGCAGUUUGAUUCGCAUUUAUUAUGGCAAAUGCACUCGCCCUGAACUCCUCUCUGUUCUACAAGCUUUACAAAGGGUGGCGAGCUAUUACUCGGCGGUCAAAGGCCCAUCCGAUGUCCCCUUCAAGUCCCCUCUUCUCGGCGACGCUAUCUGUGCCCUGCCACAAAUCCUUGACACUGUCGUAUCCUACCUCGAGCGCAUCAACCUAGUCGCUGCACGCAAGGAUGACAAGUACGGCUUCUUUCGCGAUGAGUUUCAGACGGAGGAUAUGCAAGACCAUCAGCUAGGUAUUGCUCACGUUGAACACGAACUAGAUGGCCAUCGCACUGUUGCCGCCGAGAAGAUCAAGAAGAAGACAGUUGACUACGUUACGGUUGCUGGCAUUGAAUAUCUCAUCGAGGUUCCUAAUGCCGACAUCAAACAUGUUCCUGCUUCGUGGGCCAAGAUCUCUGGUACAAAGAAGGUCUCGCGUUUCCAUACCCCUGAAGUUCUCCGUUUCAUUACCGAACGCGACCAGCAUCGCGAGGCUCUGGCUGCAGCAUGUGAUAAAGCUUUCAAAGAUCUGCUCGCUUCCAUCGCAUCAGACUAUCAACCCCUUCGCGAUGCAGUAUCCGCUCUCGCAACACUCGACUGCAUCCUUUCUCUCUCCAAGGUUGCUGCCCAACCAGGCUAUUCUCGGCCAUCUUUCCUGCCAUCCUCCACCGACCCAACUAUUUCUAUCACGAAUGGCCGCCAUGCUAUCGCAGAGCAUACUCUUGAAGGGGGCUAUAUUCCCUUUUCCACCACCCUCGCCCACCCCUCACCUCUUGCACACCUUAUUACCGGCCCCAACAUGGGCGGUAAAUCCUCUUUCGUCCGCGCUCUCGCACUCAUCGUUCUUCUUUCACAAGUCGGUUCAUAUGUUCCGGCAGACUCUUUGUCCCUGACCCUUUGCGACGCUAUUCACACACGGACGGGCGCUCGCGAUAAUCUUUUUGCUGGAGAAUCUACAUUCAUGGUUGAGGUCUCUGAGACAGCGCGUAUCCUACGCUCUGCUGGACCCCGAAGUCUUGUCAUCCUCGAUGAGUUGGGUCGUGGCACUAGCACUCACGACGGCGCCGCGAUUGCCCAAGCCGUGCUACAGCAUGUUGUUACUGAGACACGGUGCCUAACGCUUUUCAUUACACAUUAUCAAAACCUAGCGCGGGUCGCUGAAGGUCUCGAUGGCGUCAAGAAUGUUCAUAUGAAAUUCAAAGCAGAAAAGGGUGAGGACGGCGAGGAAGAGGUCACGUUCUUGUAUGAAGUCGGCGAAGGCGUUGCUCAUCGCUCAUACGGCCUGAAUGUCGCAAGACUCGCACGCAUUCCAAAGAAAGUCAUUGACGUUGCUGCUCUGAAGUCGAGUCAAAUUGAGCAAGAGAUGAAGAUGCGGCGCUUAAAAGGUGUCUGUCGUGCCCUGUCAGAAGUAAUGGACAAUGGAUCCGACCAUCUCGAUCAACUGGUAUCAAGUAUCGAGCAACUAUGA